AUGAAAAUUUCUGACAGGAGGUACACGCUGAUCAUAUGUUUCCAGUUGGCGUUAGUGUUAAUUGAUAUUUGUUUCAACGUCCUCUCCAGUGUGGUUUCCGUCAAGAAAGGAUUUCAGUUGACCGGUUACAUAAUCCAAGAUGCUUUGCAGCUGGUUGCUUUUGUGAUCUUGUCCAUGAGCGUCUUCCAAACGAGUGUCUUUGAGGCCGGAUUCGUGGAGCUUUUGUACAAAAAAUUUCGGAUCACGAUGCUGACGGCGUCGAUCUACUUCUUGUCGACGGUGAGCUUUCAAAGUUACGAUAUGAUUCUUCGGUGGUCCUCCUCGUCCCCCAGCCCUCGGUGUCCGUACUUAUCGGCUUUGCAAGUUUUACAAUGGACAGUUGCGCCGAUUCACUACUACUCAUACAAGCGUGCCGCACUAAAAAUAAGUGAUCCGAGGUUGUAUCGAGACGAUUGGAUCAAUCAUCAAUUGAAUCACAUUCGCUCAUGAUCUGAGAGACUUGCGGACAGAUUCCAUGGAAUCCUUAGCCAAAUUGUGCCUACUCCAUCUUCCAACGAUUCAAACCAAAACUGCGUCAAAAAUUACACAGGAAACCUUACAAUUAAUGCUACUCGGUGUUUUAGUAGGCUGAAAUUCCUAUCUGCUUGGACUUAACAAGCGUCGUCGCUCCAGAAAGCCGUUACAAAAAUGACCUUAUUUAGCGAACAAAAAAUAUCCAUGCGAGGUAUACUGCCGUG